AAUGACAGAUUUCAAACGAAGCAUGAUGCUGUCGAAAAAAUAAAAUCUUUUAUUAAAAACUCGCUGUGUUAUAGCGCCAGCUGGUGGCCGCGCCGUUGCUCUGCAGGCGGUGAACCGGUUCACUCGGCGGUGGACUCGCUGACCCCGCCGCUCCGCCUGUGCCUUCAGGAGCUCCGCGCCUCUGACUGCGCAGCGGCCGCCAGGUGCUCAAAUAGACACUUGAAGACCCCCCCAAAAUGCUCUUUUGCCGAGCGGGUAUACGACCAUUUGUAAACAUAAUAUCUCUCCGAAAGCUGCAGACUGUGGAAAGCUCCGUCCUUUUAAUCACGUCCCUGUCGCUUUAAAGCUCCAGACAAAACGACCCAUAUGAUUUUCGACCUCCAAUCAUCAUCUUCAUCAUCGUCAUCAUCAUCACCGCUCUUCUCAUGCGGACAUGGCGAAAAAGCACAGCUGUCUUGAGAAGAAGAGUGGAUAUAUAAAUGACAGCGGUUUUCCUGCAAACAGAGCGGUGAAAUGCUGAGCAGAGCAGCCGCUUCUCCUUCGAGGCAGAGACCGCUGGAUCAUCAUGCUGAUUGUGGAGAAGACUGCCGAUCACCCGUCCGUGGAGUUCUCCAUCGUUGAGGACGUGGCCCUUCACUGCACCUUCCUGAUGGACAGGCUGAACGAGCAGCGCCUCUUCCAGCCAGAUCUGUGCGACGUGGACAUCGUCCUCCUGCACCACCACAAGUCCUUCCAGGCUCACAAGGGCAUCCUGGCAGCCUUCAGCCCUUUCUUCCACUCGCUCUUUGCCUCCAGUAAAGACCUGAGGCGUGUGGAGCUCUCGCUGGACGCCCUCAAACCUCAAGGCCUACAGCAGAUCCUCAACUUCAUCUACACCUCCAGGCUGCUGGUCUCCGGCUGCAAUGCUCAGGAUGUCCUGAGAGCUGCCACUGUGCUCCAGAUGAGCAACAUUGCUACAUCCUGCAGCGAACUCAUCUCCCGAGGCUCGGUGGAGAUCAGUGUCAAAGAUCAGCAAAACAAACCUGAGGGCAACUGGAGCGAUUCGGUGAAGGACAUCAAGCAGGAGAAGGACACAACGUGUGCCAGGAUCUGCGGAGGGAAGAGUGAAGGAAACCCGUAUUCUGUUCAGGUUGCAGAUUUGCAGUCGGUGCAAGGAGGUAUUUGUAAAGUGGAAGGAAAGGAACCGAGGAACCCUGAAGAUCCUGAUUCAUUCAAUGGAGAGCAGAUUAUUGUGGAAUUAAAUCUGAAUAACCAGACUCUGAAUGUGUCGAAAGGUUUGGAUGGAAGCUCAGCAGCUCAGUCUCCAUCGGGACAGCAGCUUUCUGGAAAAGAAAAGAGCAGUGAUGGGACUUUUGAAGAAUCGAGAAACAAUGUGACUUUGGAGGAGGAGGAAGAGGAGGAGGACGGUGAGCAAAGUGAAGAUGAGGAUGACGAUGAUGAUGUGAGACUUGAAGGCACUAGCGAGGAUGAAGGCGAGUCUGUUUUUUUGUCGGAAAUGAAGAGCCGGGCCUCUGCUCCACUGGUCUCCAAGAGGAGCUGUGCGAGAGCAAGGCAAGAGACGGAUCGUGAUCCUAGCGAGGAACGUCUGGAUCAGGACGGUUUUGAGAGCUUCAGCUGUCUGAGGUGCCCGAAGACGUUCAAUAACCGCUGGUACCUGGAGAAACACAUGAACGUCACACACAACCGCAUGUGUGUCUGUGAGAAGUGUGGCAAACGCUUCCUCCUGGACAGCGAGUUACUGCUGCAUCAGCAGACUGACUGCGAGAAGAGCAUUCAGUGUCUGACUUGUGGAAAAGCCUUUAGAAAGCUGUGGUCGCUUCAUGAGCAUAAUAAAAUCGUUCAUGGCUACGCCGAGAAGAAGUACACUUGUGAGAUCUGUGAGAAGAAAUUCUACACGAUGGCUCAUGUACGCAAGCACAUGGUCGCCCACACAAAAGAGAUGCCAUUCACCUGCGAGACCUGCGGCAAGUCCUUUAAAAGGAGCAUGUCUCUGAAGGUCCACUCGCUCCAGCAUUCAGGAGAAAAACCUUUCCAGUGUGAGGUGUGCAGUGAGCGUUUUCAGUAUAAAUACCAGCUGCGCUCUCACAUGAGCAUCCAUAUCGGACACAAGCAGUUCAUGUGUCAGUGGUGUGGGAAGGACUUCAAUAUGAAACAGUAUUUCGAUGAACACAUGAAGACGCACACAGGAGAGAAACCGUAUAUAUGUGAGAUCUGCGGAAAGAGUUUUACAAGUCGACCAAAUAUGAAGCGGCACCGGCGUACACACACUGGAGAGAAGCCUUACCCCUGUGAAGCCUGCGGUCAGCGUUUUCGCUUCUCCAACAUGCUGAAAACUCACCGUGAGAAGUGUUUGCAGGUCAGAAACCCUUUGCUGCUGGACUCCUCCACCAUUGUCAAUCACACAAACCAGGACCUGCCGGGGGGGAUGGAGACACUGGGGGACGUCAGCCCACAUCUGCACGGCAUGGUCUCUUUUCCAUCAUCUGUGCUUCACUCGGUCGAAGGAGCACCGUCAAAUUCUCAUCUGCGUUCUGUUAUGCCGCUCUUCUCCACUGGAAGGACAGACUCCAGGAUCCUGUAAUGACUGCUUUGUAUUUUUAUAUAAUUUCAUUGUGAGUUUGACAUUUCAUGUUAGUGUUGUCUGUUUCAUGAGUCUUAUUCUGAAAUCCCUGUCAUUCCCAUUUUGAUGGAGUCCUCUGUGCUUUCAUAAACCCUAGUUAGACAAACAAGUAUUAGGGAAAAUGCUAAAGGUAUUACCCAAAUGUAGAGUACUAAAUGUUUGACAUUUACUCUUCAAUAUGCAGUAUAUUUGUAGAAUUAUAAAUAAGACUAAAGCAUAUUCAUCAUGGCAAGUCUUUUUAACAUUACACCUAUUAAACACAGGUUGAUAACUGGCAGAGUGCAGUCAGGGUUCUGCACCCAGAAGCUGUCCCAUACAAACCCUACAGCCUUGAGAGGUCUGUGCAGGAUUGUUUGUUUUUUUGUUCCGCUCCCGCUGGGCCUGUACAGCUCUCUUCUUUGAGUGACAAUGACUUAAUCGCAAGUUUCUGGCUUACACUAGGCCUACGAAUUAUUACAAAUAUAAUAAAACAUUAUACAAAUGUUAACUAUGUUCAUAGUGAGCUAUAUUCACAUUAUCUAAUUACUUACAGUACAUGACAGAAAGCAUAAGCGCUGUAAAAAGUAGCCUAGAGCGCUAUCUGCUGUUAAAGCUCAGAAAAUCAAUAUUACAGAGAGAAUUGCGUUAGUUUAAAAAUCAAAUUCAAAUCCAUCAAUCAUAAAACAUUAAUUUAUUAUCCCAGCACUAGUAUCUUUUAAAAAGGUACUAGUAACUAAAUAAUAAGUACUUGUAUCUAUUAAUAAGUAGACUUAAAAUGUACUAACUAAACAACAAGCACUAUAUCUGUACUAAAUGGAUUGCUAUUAAGUAUAGUAUAGAAUAAUUGUUAAAACGGCUUGGCAUGUAUUCGGUUCAUAAAGCUUUCAGUUUGUAAUUUAUUGUUUGUAGAUGCUUUAUUUCAUGUCUUCGUUUGUUUAUAGGCCCAAGUAUUGUUUGACUUUAGAGGGUGAUAUCCUGUUGUAUGUAUACACACAGGUCUUGAUGAAGGAAAUGUUCUGUCAGAUUAGCUCGUUGGUGUAAAGCAGGGGUCACCAAUCUCGGUCCUGGAGGGCCAGUGUCCCUGCAGAGUUUAGCUCCAACUUGCCUCAAC